AAUACACUUUGGCACGUGGACGACAUUACAAAGUGCAAAUAGGACGAUUAUAUAAUCGUAAACAACAUAGAUAGUGUAUUGAGUUUAGGUCAGUCAAGAGAGUAAGAUGUGGGCUAUGAAAGGCAAACUGUUCAAACCGCCCUUAGGGCUGGCGUUACUUGGACUUGUCCUAUUUGCCGUACGUUUUUCGGAGGGUUAUAACGAUAAAUAUCCUUUGACAACCCCUUUCAAAACUCGUAACAUGCACACUUUUCGUAUAGCCAUCAUAGCAGACUUAGACUCUAUCUCAAAAAGUCCAACAGAAGAAACCACGUGGAUUUCGUAUUUAAAGAAAGGCUACUUAAGGUAUCUUCCGGGAAGAGACACCAUAGUAGUGAACUGGGAUCGCACGGACCCCAUCACACUGAAGACUAACUACGCGAUCAAAGACCGAAGUAUGGAGCUUUCGGAACUGGUUACGUACGAUGGAAAAUUGCUGGCCGUUGACGAUCGUACAGGCGUGGUAUUUGAAAUUGUUAACACUGAGGCUAUACCAUGGGUGCUGUUAAUGGACGGAAACGGCAGAACUACCAAAGGAUUUAAAUCCGAGUGGGCUACCGUUAAAGAUAGGCUGUUGUACGUUGGAUCUAUAGGUAAAGAGGUCAUAACGUAUGAGGGAGAGUUUGUAAAUAAUGACCCACUUUACAUAAAAACGAUAACCCCUGAAGGUGUCAUAUCGCAUAUCGACUGGAAGGAUCAGUAUCUGCGCCUAAGAGCCGCUAUUGACAUUUACUGGCCUGGAUAUAUGACACAUGAAAGUGGCGUCUGGUCUGAGGUACAUCAAAAAUGGUUCUUUUUACCGCGGAAGUGCAGUACAGAAAAGUACAACUACACGGCGGAUGCGUACUUGGGGUGUUCUUAUUUACUCAGUGCAGAUGCCGAUAUAAACGGUAUUCGCGCAGUGCAGAUACCUAGUGUGGAUGGUUCGCGAGGAUUCUCUUCUUUCAAAUUCAUACCGACAUCGGGUGAUACAGUCAUUGUAGCCCUUCGCAGUGUUGAAGUGGGCGAUAAAACGGCGACGUACAUCACCGCAUUUACAAUAGAAGGAAAGGUUCUCCUACAGGAUACCUUAAUAUCUGACCUAAAAUUCGAAGGUAUAGAAUUUAUCUAACAACUCUUAGGAGCGUAGUAUUGUGACAAUAGUUUUAGUUAGUAGUAGUUACUUCUUGUUUACAUAGCAUACGAAAAUAGUUCGUAAUGUAUCAGAAACUACUUUGAACUACUUAAACAAAAAUAAAUGCAUACACGAUA